ACAUGCACCUAGCAUCCGGAUCGUGCAUCAGCGCAGCAUGAUCGAUCAUCCACAGCGCGGCACCGUCGACACCGUACGUAAACGCUUUGGAUCGUGUUGUGGUCUGAUCGUCAGUUAGGCCUACUCAUAAAUUUUUGGAGAAAACAUCAUUUUAGGUGGGUAGGACUAGGAGAGACUGUGAAGAACAACAGGUAAUUGUCCUGCCACGAUCUAAUGCCGUAUGUUUCUCUGAAGUUAAAACUUUUGCUCUAGCUAGGCGCCACAGGCGAAAAAUCAUCUAGAAAGAGCCUAGUGGAUAUCCUCGACCGAGUCACCAUAAUUGGCACAGAAAGCAUGAAGGGUCAGAUCUUAGUGUUCUCCAUUGUCGGCUGUCCGCAUUGCAUGAAGGCCAAGUACACACUCAGUGAGCUGAAUCUUCAAUAUGAUGACAUCAGCGUCGACAAGUACAACAUAUCGGUGCGCAAGAGUCUCGUAGAACGCACCGGAAAGCGAACCGUGCCGCAGAUUUUCUUCAAUUCCCACUACAUUGGAGGGAAUGAUGAUCUACAAGAAUUGGUUCAAGACAAGGAGCGGUUACAGAGAAUGAUUCAAGACGUUGAGGACAAUGAACCACCAGCAGAUGCCCCCCAAGUCCCGGACCCUAGCCUUAAAAUCGCCUCCAACGCAGGUGAUGAAUUCAACUUUACCUGUGAGUUGGACGACUGUGCCUUACUCGUCAAAGAUCUGAAGGAAAGCGGACUGAUUUCCGAUAAUCGCAAAGGGCUGAAAGUUUACAAAGACUCCUUCGUUGGCCGUGAAUUCGUUGACUGGAUUGUGAAUACCAAAGGCGUUGAGCGAGAGAGGGCGGUAGAGAUUGGCCAAGCGUUGAUCGAGCAGCGUUUUGGCCACAACGCGAAGAAUUCCCACGACCAGGUGUUUGAGGACAGUGAUAAAGUCUACCGUUUGAUAGAAAACGACACGGCGACGGCCCUGAACCAGGGUAUGAGCUCCCUGUGUGAACCUCGACCCGCUUCUGAACUUGGUGAAGAGUUGCGGAAAUUGAUUCUCGAUAUCUACAGUCAACACCUAACCAGCGAUGGCAAGGGUGUGGAUUACCACGGAAUGAAAGACAGUCCCAAAUUCCAGCAGUAUGUCAAACACACAGCCGAGUUGAUCCGCGUCGACAUCGCCGCGGCAACCCGUGAAGAGAAACUCGCAUUUUUCAUCAACGUGUACAACGCGCUGGUGAUCCACGCUAAUGUGCAGGAAGGCCCACCCACGAACAUUUGGCAGAGAUACAAGUUCUUCAACCGGACGUGCUACAUCAUCGGGGGCCACAUUUACUCCCUCCAAGACAUCGAGAACGGCGUGCUACGGAGCAACAGGAAAGGCAUCGGUCAGUUUAGCCGUCCCUUCUCCAAGAACGACCCCCGACUGAACAUUGCACUGGAGACCCCAGAGCCACUGGUUCAUUUUGCCCUGGUGUGCGGGGCCAAGAGCUGCCCGCCGAUCAAAACCUACAGCGCUAAGGGUAUCUAUGACGAGUUGAAGCUAGCGGCCCAGGCCUUCCUGGAAAGCUCCGACGGCUGCAUGGUCCUGCCUGACAAGAAUGAAAUCCGACUCAGCAAAAUUCUACAGUGGUACAAGGUCGACUUCGGAGGAACUGAUGCUAAGGUUGUACACUGGGUUCAUGACCACUUGGCAUUUAGCCAAAAGAAGACGGCCUUGGGAAAACUGUUGGCAAGCGGGAACUUCAAAACCUCCUACCUCACGUACAACUGGUCGCUUAACGCAAAACAUUAAAGUAAAAUAAAAACCUAAUGUAGAUGUUAGGAUAUCUUUCUUAUUAUUUUUGCACAGCAGUGUCGCAACUUUGUUAGUCUUGGUCCAAACUAACUUUGGACUUUUAUUUCCCUUCAUAAAUCCAAACUAGGCAACAUAGCCUGCAAGCCAUGGCAGUUGGGGGGGGGGGGGUUGCUUGUCGGUCCCUGAUAAGCACAGUAUAGCUGCCGUAGCGACAGAGGGCGUUAUUAA